AUGACUAAUCUUAUGGGAGAUAACUCUUCGGUAGAUGAGACCUAUGAGCUUAAGAAAGGAAGUAUGGUAAACAAUAAGGACAUUAUUGAACAACCUAUGGUUGAUGAUGUUACUAGUGAAAUAAAACCAGAAGAUAUGAAACAUGAGGAUUCACAACAACAAAAAAAGUUCGUAAAACCUGUUAUAGAUAAGUCCAAAAUUAGAGCGUUAAAGAGAGAGAAAAAGGUUGUUACAAAUCUGUCGUCAAGGAUUCUAACGGAAGCAGAGCUGUCCCUCCUUUCAAAAGGCUUAUCAUUUGUACCAACCAGACAUAGAGUAGAUAUGACAAAAAUUCACAGUGACUUGGCUGAAUGGGAAAGGAGAAUGCGGUUAAAGGAAUAUUUCCAUGACAAGGAAGACACGUAUACUGUAGAUCUCGAUGAAGAACCGUGGUGUGAGAAGAAAAAAAGUGAAUUUACACCAGAACCAGGAAGAGAUAAGUAUUUAGAUGCUUACAUAGAAGAAGUAAAAAAUGCGAUUGUCAAUGGCAUUCAUGACAAAUGCACAUCGAACCUAUCCAAGUCAGAAAGGAAAGCGAUGAAAGCACUCCUAAAUGACAACAAUAUAAUUAUAAGACCGGCGGACAAGGGGUCAGGUAUUGUAAUAGUGGAUGCAGAAGAUUAUAUAAAAAAAUUAGAAAAGGAAGUAAAGGACAAUGCUUCUUAUAUGAAAACUGAUGGCGGAGCACAAUAUAGAGCGGAAAAAGAAGUAAAGAAGAUUACCAACAAGAUGUGUAGAGAUGGUCUUAUUUCCAAGAAGUUGAAAGAUUAUUUAAUACAGAAACAUCCAGUUACUGGCAAAUUGAAGGGAAAUCCCAAAAUUCACAAGCGUGAGAAUCCAUACAGAACGAUUGUUAGUGGAAUUGGAACUGCAACAGAGCGCAUGGCAGAAGUAGCGGAGAAGGAACUUAAUGAAUAUGUUGAAAAUAGUCCCAGCUACUUAAAAGAUACCACAGAUUUCUUAAACAAACUGAAACUGAUUCCCCUACCUAUCCCAGAAGGAGUGAUUUUGUUUUGUUUUGACGUAGUCAAGUUGUACCCAUCUAUACCCAGACGAGAAGGUUUAACAGCUUGUGAAGAAGCUCUCCAAUGCAGAACUAACCCAAAUGUCACAACAGAAGCGGUUAUGAAAAUGAUAAAUACGGUACUUACGAACAAUGUUUUUUCAUUCAAUAAUAGCGAGUAUGUCCAGAAGGAAGGAGUGGCGAUAGGGUCAAAGCUAGGUCGUAAUUUUGCUUGUUGCUACAUGCGCAAAUGGGACGAGAAGUUGAUGGAGAAUGAAAAAGUACCAAUGUUUUACAAGCGUUACAUUGAUGACGGAUUUGGACUGUGGCAACAUGGACUAGAAGAUCUGUUAAAAUUCAGAGAUUUUGCGAAUCAGAUACACCCGAACAUAAAAGUGGAAUUAAGGUGGCAUACAACAAGAAUAGAAUUUCUGGACACGACAGUCAGAAUUGAAAAAAAUAAUGAAAUUACAACAGUCUUAUAUUCGAAACCGACGGACAAACACUUAUAUUUAAACUGGAAAUCAGAUCACCCUCAAAACGUAAAAAAGGCAAUUCCGUAUGGAUUAGGAGUAAGAUUGAAAAGGAUUUGCUCGACGGAAGCAGACUACGCCAAACAAAGACAGGAACUAAGAGGCCAGCUAAGGAGGAAGGGUUACAGCGGAAAGUUUAUUGAAAAUCAGCUGGACAGAGUAGACAAGAUAGAUAGGGCUGAACUAUUAACACCACAGAAACUCAAAAAAGAGAAAAUGAAGAGGGUACCUGUAGUAGUGACUUACUCCAGACAUCUCCCGAAUUUACAUAAUAUUGUACGUAAACAUAUGAACACUUUACACAAAUCAGAACGAAUGAAACAUAUAUUCAGUGACACCCCAAUUGUGGCUUACCGCAGGGACACGAAUAUUUCUGACCUUUUGGUACAUGGAAAGACAAACAAGGUUAUGAAGCAGUACCAAACGGGCGAUUUGAAACCAAGAUGUUACGGAAAGUGCGUGGUAUGUGAAAUGAUAGACAAAGGGAGGCACAAUAAUGACAAGGCUAUUGCGGCACGGAUAGAGCGAACUCAAACCUGCCAGGCAUGGAACCUGGUAUAUGGGAUAAACUGUAUCCAGUGUGAUAAAAUUGUGUAUAUUGGUGAAACGUCAAGAUCGCUGAAGGAGAGAUUGCGAGAACAUGAAGCGGACAUACGGCUGAAACGUACGAAACCAGUGGCAGAACAUUUCAAUACGCCUGGUCAUAGCAUAGGUGAUGUCGGGGUGUCGGUGUUAGAACACAUGAAAGAAAACAGUAGAUACUACCGACAGAUCAAGGAGCUUGAUUGGAUCCACGAGUUGCAGACAGAGGCGCCAAAUGGACUUAACACGAAAGCGAAACUUGAUCUAAUGGUUAAGUGCAAAAUUUUAUGA